AUGACCAACGAGGUCAUCUGGCUCAUCGUCAUCUCAUUCUUCUUCGCGCGAGGCUUCGUCAAGACGGGCCUGGGCGACCGAGUGGCGACUUACUUUGUCAAGUGGUUCGGCAAGAGCACUCUGGGGCUCAGCUAUGGGCUCGCAGUCUCUGAAGCGCUCAUCUCCCCCACUAUGCCCAGUACCACGGCCAGGGCGGGCGGGGUAUUCCUGCCCAUCAUCAGCAGCUUGGCGCGCAGCUUCAACAGCCUGCCCAACGACCCCAGCUCCAAGAAGCUCGGAAGAUUCCUCAUCAUGUCUCAGUUCCAGGCCUCCGCCAACGCCAGCGCCAUGUACUUAACGGGAGGCGCACAGAACCUGCUGUGCAUCAAGCUGGCUCAGGAGCUGGGGGUGAUCAUUCCCAACGUGUGGGCGACGUGGUUCAAGCUAGCAGCCCUCCCAGGUCUGAUCGGCCUGCUGGUCACGCCGCUCCUCCUCUUCACACUCUACCCGCCCGAGCUCAAGGCCACCCCUGAAGCACCCGGGCUGGCAGAGGUGAAGCUGAAGGAGAUGGGGCCUGUCACGCCCAACGAGCUCAUUAUGGUUGGCACCAUGCUGCUUGCCGUGUCCCUUUGGGUGCUCGGUGAUGCCAUCGGGAUCCCAAGCGUGGUGGCAGCAAUGAUCGCUCUCUGUGUGCUGCUGCUCUCGGGAGUGCUCUCGUGGAACGACUGUCUCUCAGAGAAGUCAGCAUGGGACACGCUGGCAUGGUUCGCCGUGCUUAUCGGCAUGUCAGCGCAGCUCAACGCCAUGGGCAUCGUGCAGUGGAUGGCCGAUAAUGUCGCGGCUGGAUUGACGGGAGCAGGAGGAGCGUGGGUCGGAAACUUCUUCAAGCUGCAGGCCAUGUAUUUCGGCUCGCACUACCUCUUUGCCAGCCAAACCGGCCACGUGGGCGCUCUCUAUUCGGCCUUCCUGGCCAUGCAGCUGGCGGCAGGCGUGCCAGGUGUCCUCGCGGCAUUGGCUCUCGCACUCAACACGAACCUGUUUGGGUCCAUCACCCACUACAGCAGUGGGCAGGCUGCGUUGUACUAUGGAGCUGGCUACAUCGAUCUCCCGGACGUGUUCAAGUUUGGGGCCAUCACAGCAGCGGUCAACUUUGCCAUUUGGAUUGCAGUUUGUGCCUUCUGGUGGAAGAUCAACGGCUUGUUUUGA